AUGCCCUUUACACCCGAGUUUAUUCCGCUGGCGAAGCAGAAGGAGAUGUUUGUCAUCAGUUCGUGGCGUGACUCGCCGCAGACUGCUGCCUCAACACAACCGAUGGUGCCAAGUCCCGCCGUUUUACCGGAGGCCCAGUCCGAGAAGGAGAACGCUUCUCCAGGCAAAGGAGGGCAUCGUUCGCGCAGGGGACGCCGUGGGAAAAAUCGAAUCUCUCAGCGGCAGCAGGACAUGGAUGAUUUUUUUGUGAACUGCGUGCUUCCAAAGGGAGUCUCCUUCGCCACACUCAACUCGGAGUUGAACUGUAACGCCACAACGCCACUUCGUGUCUACGACGUUGGAUCGCCGCGUGUACUGUUUGCCAGAAGGAAUUGUGGCACGGCGUCUGGCACCACGGAACAGGGCAGCGCGGAACAAACCAGCGGUGCUGAUGCCACUACAGCCACCGCAGCUGGCACAACAAUAGCGGCGCCAUCAGUGCUUUCAACAGUAGUGAAUUCUACCACUAAUGAAAACAAUGCUGCUCCUGCUUCAGAUGCAGGGGCUCCCAUUUUCGUACCGGCGGCUGCAGCGGUUACUUCAGCGGAAUCAGCAAUCAUGGAUGAUUUGGCGCCAUCGACACGUAAGUUAAGUCAUCACGCUGUGAGUCUAUCACCAUUUCGUACACCAAUGGCGUUAGCGUCGGGAGCGGCUCCUAUGACGCCGGCCGACGACAGCGACGAGUCACCAAACGGCGCUCUGCCUCCUGACUUGGUCCUCCCAGCGUCUGUCCCUUCUGAAAUACUUUCACGGGGCCACCUUAUUUCUCUUCUUUAUGCCGAAAGUAGUGAGGCAGAGAAGGCCAGUGAGUGGCUGAAGAAAAGGUGGCCGCAGGCCACUGUGAUUAUUGUGGCUCGCAAUCGUUCUGUUCUGAACACUUCGCUGGUCUUAAAAGGGCUUCCAAGCCUGUCCAAGACGGAGCGCAUCCUUGAGGAAGUUGAAAAGGUCACUCCUCAGAAGCCGUCGUACAUUCGCCUGCAUCGCAGUGAGAGGGGGGUGUUCAAAAACGUCGUCUUUGUAAAGUACCCCAACCGUGAGGUUGCCGAGGAAAAUAAGUUGCGCCUUGAGCGGUUUUUCGUUGGCUCGCGCCAACUCAAGGUUGAGUUUAAAAAGAAGGAAAAGGGGGCAGCGGAGCGGGAGAGGGAAACCUCCCUGCAGCAGCUGAUCCGUGACCUUCGCGUCAGUACGGAACAUGAGGGUUUCGUGUGCCAACGCAGCGAGCUCAGCAAGGAUGAACUGAAGUUGCUGAAGCAACUAUGCCACUCCUACGGCCUCUCUUUUGACCUCACUGAGCAGAAGGUGACGGUGAAGCGUAUUCUUCCAGGAGGCGACCGCCAGUCACCAGCGUUGCGCCCCAACCAAAACACACAGCUGAACUGGGGACAACCCACACCCGGGGCGCUGCGACCGAUGGACUUCAAAGGCAUCCGCCACUGGGGGGAGCUACGCAGCAGCUACACAUCCCUCGGGAUUGCGAGGCCGAAGGGACCUUACAGUGACACGCCCUUUUCCCCCGGUCGGGGGCGUCCGGUGUAG